GGAUGUCAGAGUGGGGUUGAACGGGACGUUCUUCUGCUCGUCCCCUGUCUUGACUUGACCGUUCUUCGUUUCUGAAUUCGUGGUCCGAUUGACGGGCUUUCAACAUACCAAAAUGGCUCAACUAUCUCUACGUUUGGCUUCUUCGAUAGCAAGACAAUUACCAAACGCUACGAUCCAGAUAAAAUGGCCUGCUGUCAGCAUUGCUUCAUGCAAAUACCAUGUAUCCUGCAGCCGCCGGUCUGCAGAAAUCUCUUCCAUUCUGGAAGAACGUAUACUUGGUUCAGCUCCAAAGACCAAUCUUGAAGAAACUGGUAGGGUACUCAGCAUUGGUGAUGGUAUUGCUCGUGUCUAUGGGCUAAAAAAUAUUCAAGCAGAUGAGAUGGUAGAAUUUAGUUCAGGGUUAAAGGGUAUGGCUCUGAACUUGGAACCUGAUAAUGUUGGUGUUGUCGUAUUUGGUAAUGACAGGCACAUUAAGGAAGGAGACAUAGUCAAACGUACUGGAGCCAUUGUGGACGUACCAGUCGGUGAAGAAUUAUUGGGGCGUGUUGUAGACGCGUUAGGUAAUCCUAUCGAUGGUAAAGGACCUCUUAACAACAAAUUGAGAUUCCGUAUUGGUACCAAAGCACCCGGUAUCAUCCCCAGGGUGUCUGUAAGAGAACCUAUGCAAACUGGAAUCAAAGCUGUAGAUUCUCUGGUACCCAUUGGUCGUGGUCAGCGUGAGUUGAUCAUUGGUGACAGACAGACUGGAAAAACCGCGCUUGCCAUUGAUACUAUUAUUAAUCAAAAAAGAUUCAACGAUGCAGGAGAUGAAAAGAAGAAAUUGUACUGUAUCUAUGUUGCCAUUGGUCAGAAGAGAUCUACUGUAGCUCAAAUUGUGAAACGUUUGACAGACAGUGCAGCCAUCAGUUACACCAUCAUUGUCUCUGCAACUGCUUCCGAUGCAGCUCCUUUGCAGUAUUUGGCUCCUUAUUCUGGGUGUGCUAUGGGAGAAUUCUUUAGAGAUAACGGCAAACAUGCUUUGAUCAUUUACGACGACUUGUCGAAGCAAGCUGUAGCCUACCGACAAAUGUCUUUGCUGUUGAGACGACCACCAGGUCGUGAGGCCUACCCUGGUGAUGUAUUCUACCUCCAUUCCCGUCUUCUUGAACGAGCGGCUAAAAUGAACGAGACUCUGGGAGGUGGUUCAUUAACUGCCCUGCCCGUCAUUGAAACCCAGGCUGGUGAUGUGUCCGCCUACAUUCCCACGAAUGUCAUUUCGAUCACUGACGGUCAGAUCUUCUUGGAAACUGAAUUAUUCUACAAAGGUAUUCGUCCCGCCAUUAACGUAGGUUUGUCGGUGUCCCGUGUCGGAUCUGCUGCCCAGACUAAGGCCAUGAAACAGGUCGCUGGUUCGAUGAAACUGGAAUUGGCCCAGUACCGUGAAGUAGCAGCUUUCGCCCAAUUCGGUUCUGAUUUGGAUGCUGCGACCCAACAACUUUUGAACCGUGGUGUUAGAUUAACAGAGCUUUUGAAACAAGGACAAUAUGUACCCAUGGCUAUCGAAGAACAAGUAGCUGUUAUCUACUGUGGUGUUCGUGGAUACCUUGACAAAAUGGAACCCACAAAAAUUACUGCCUUUGAAAAAGAAUUCCUUGCGCACAUCAGAUCUUCCCAACGGGACCUCUUAGACACCAUUGCCAAGGAAAAUACCAUUAGCGAAGCAUCUGACGCGAAAAUGAAGAAAAUCGUGACUGAUUUCCUUGCAUCGUUCUCGCAAUAAAUUGUCAGUAUAAAUAAAUAAUAUUUCUCUGCUAUGCAAGAGCCAUGUGCAAAUGAUAUUCAUUAUCAUGUUAGUUUUUAAUGUAUACCACUUGCACAUUAUAAAUAUUAUUACGAAGAAAGAAUUCCACAAUCGAACGCUGAACACGAUAGUCUUACACAAAUACUUGUACUCAUUACAUGUUGAUCGUUAUAAAGUAUCAUAAUUGGUUAUUGCCAACGUUUGCUUCUCCCGGACGAAAAUUUCAUUCAUAGCAGAAGCGGGAGGAGUGUCAGAGAGAGAUGAGUAAUAAAGUUCUAGAAUUUUUUCAAA